AUGGCUCAACAAGAUCAGGAUUUUUCAUUGCUCGACGCAAGCAUCUCCGAACUCCAAUCCGCUAUCUCUUCAGGCAGGCUUUCCAGCGUGGAUCUUGUAUCUAGAUAUCUCCGAAGAAUCAGCGUCUUCGAUGCAAAUGGCAUCAAACUCAGCGCAAUACCAAUCAUCAACCCAUCCGCCCUCGACGAUGCAGCGGCCUCUGAUGCCCGACGCGCAGCGGGUCUAUCACCGCGGUCACUGGAAGGUAUCCCAUACCUCGCCAAAGACAGUAUCAAAGUCAAAGGCAUGAGCGUCGCAAGCGGAUCGCCAGCCUUUGAAAACCUGAUUGCCAACGAAGAUGCGGCGUGUAUCACUAUUCUCCGUGACGCCGGUGCGAUCCUCCUCGGCCGCACUAAUAUGCCUGCAAUGGCAUACGGUGGUAUGCAGCGUGGUUGCUACGGCCGCGCGGAAAGCCCGUAUAACAGUGAUUAUCUAGCUGCGGCGUAUGCAUCAGGCUCAUCGAAUGGAUCUGCAGUGGCUACUGCAGCUAACUUUUGCGCCUUUUCACUCGGCAGCGAGACCGUUUCGUCGGGUCGAUCGCCUGCAUCUAACAAUUCCGUCGUCGCCUAUACACCCUCGAAAGGUCUACUGCCUCUUCGUGGUGUCUGGCCUCUCUACGCUACGUGUGAUGUCCUGGUACCCCAUACCAGAAGUAUGGCAGACAUGUUUCACGUCCUCGAUGUCCUAGCCGUUUCCGACCCUACCCCGAAAGGAGAUUUCUAUCAAGAACAAAAGCUCAUCAGCCUCCCUUCAAUUGAUACUCUGCGGCCGCAAUCAUUUUCAUUACUCCGAGACUGUGCUUCCUUGCGCGGGAAGUGUAUUGGCGUGCCCUCGAUGUACAUCGGAGGCGAUCAAUCUUCCCUCAACCCCGCCAGCAAAGUCAAUACCCGCCCCUCGAUUAUCAAACUCUGGCAACAUGCAAGAAAAGUACUUGAAGCGUGCGGUGCGCAAAUAAUCGAAACGGAUUUUCCCCUUGUAACCACGUACGAGUCAAAUGCCGACAAAGGCCAGCUCGUCACAGUUGCAGGCCUACCAGAAGGCUGGUCGGGCAUGGAGCGAAGCGAGCUAGUCGCGCACAUAUGGGAUGAUUUCCUCGUUGCAAAUGGGCAGGAAGGCCUGAACUCCCUGGCGCAGGUCGAUCCUGCUACCAUUUUUCCGCUCGCGCCGGGGUCCUUGAAGGGGACGCCUGAUGCAGCGAAUGCGCUGCGAUGGGAUGAGAUGGUGAAGUAUCCGCUUAGGAGGCCGGAGUCUAUUUUCGAUAUCCUGGGCCUGAAGGAAGGGAUCCAGGCGCUGGAUGAUGCGCGCAAAGAGACGCUUGAGAGGUGGAUGGAUAGGCUUGGGCUUGAUGCUGUGGUUUUCCCGGCCAAUGGGGAUGUGGGAGCCGCCGAUUCUGAUUGUGACGAGGUUUCUUCGCGUUUUGCUUGGAGUAAUGGCGUCAAAUAUUCCAAUGGGAAUAGGCCUAUUCGGCAUCUGGGUGUGCCUACCAUUUCGGUUCCUAUGGGGGUUAUGGAGGAUACGGGGAUGCCUGUGAACCUCACCUUUGCUGGGAAAGCGUACGAUGAUAAGAGUUUGCUUCAAUAUGGGUUUGCGUUUGAGGAGGCGAUGAAAGGUCGUGUGAAGCCUUUGUCUGUGCCUGCUCUUGACUCUGAUUGUGUCAGGAUUGGUCAGGACACUCGCUCAUGGACCUCUCGGGCCCCUGCCGAGUUGGUUGUGCAGGCUCACUCGAAGAGGAUUGAGGGCUCCACGAUUGUUGUUCGGAUUGAGGGGUCAGUGGUGCCAGAUGACAUCGAGCUGGAUUCAAUGUCAUGCUUUGUCAAUGGCCAGCCCUUUAAUGCUGUCCCCGAUUGUGGUAAGUGGUUCCUUGACGCGUCUUAUCCUGCAAGUGAGCGUGAUCAAAGCUGGGAGAGAUGGUCCAGCCCUGCUUUGACUCAGACUAUUGUGGUCAUUACAGCUUAUACAAAGUCUGGUUGGGCAGCUGGAAAAUUAUUAUUGCUGUAG